UCAGGGCCACGAGGUGCCAACGCUGGAGACCCCAAGGUCCCGGUCCACGUCUGCCCCGCCUGCUUUCUCCUCCAGACCGUCGCUUUCGGGUUCUGUUGCCUCCUCGUGGUUCUUUGAUGUCUGAGGAGGCCAGGGGCCCUUCAGGGAAGAUGGGCAGCGAAGAGAAGCCAGUAGAUGCUGUUGAAGAGAAGCGAAAAGAAGGAGGCAAGAAGAAGAACAAAGAAGGAUCUGGAGAUGGAGGUCGAGCAGAGUUGAAUCCUUGGCCUGAAUAUAUUAACACACGUCUUGAGAUGUAUAAUAAACUAAAAGCAGAGCAUGAUUCCAUUCUAGCAGAAAAGGCAGAAAAAGAUAGCAAGCCGAUUAAAGUCACUCUACCCGAUGGUAAACAGGUCAAUGCAGAAUCCUGGAAAACUACACCUUAUCAAAUUGCUUGUGGAAUUAGUCAAGGCCUGGCUGACAACACUGUUAUUGCUAAAGUGAACAAAGUUGUUUGGGACCUAGACCGCCCACUGGAGGGAGAUUGUACUUUGGAGCUUCUCAAAUUUGAGGAUGAGGAAGCACAAGCAGUAUAUUGGCAUUCAAGUGCUCACAUCAUGGGUGAGGCCAUGGAAAGAGUCUAUGGUGGAUGUUUAUGUUAUGGUCCACCAAUAGAGAAUGGGUUCUAUUAUGACAUGUACCUCGAAGAGGGGGGUGUAUCCAGCAAUGAUUUCUCUUCUUUGGAGACUUUGUGUAAGAAAAUCAUUAAAGAAAAACAAGCUUUUGAAAGAUUGGAAGUUAAAAAGGAAACCUUAUUGGAAAUGUUUAAGUACAACAAGUUCAAGUGCCGGAUAUUGAAUGAAAAAGUAAAUACUCCAACUACAACGGUCUAUAGGUGUGGUCCGUUGAUAGAUCUCUGCCGGGGUCCUCAUGUCAGACACACUGGCAAAAUUAAGGCUUUAAAAAUACACAAAAAUUCUUCCACAUACUGGGAAGGCAAAGCCGAUAUGGAGACCCUCCAGAGAAUUUAUGGCAUUUCAUUCCCUGAUCCCAAAAUGUUGAAAGAAUGGGAGAAGUUCCAAGAGGAGGCUAAAAACCGAGAUCAUAGAAAAAUUGGGAGGGAUCAAGAACUAUAUUUCUUCCAUGAGCUCAGCCCUGGAAGUUGCUUUUUCCUGCCCAAGGGAGCUUACAUUUAUAAUACACUUGUGGAGUUCAUCAGGAGUGAAUAUAGGAAAAGAGGAUUCCAGGAGGUAGUCACUCCAAACAUCUACAAUAGCCGACUCUGGAUGACCUCAGGCCACUGGCAACACUACAGUGAGAACAUGUUCUCCUUUGAGGUGGAGAAGGAGCAAUUUGCUCUUAAACCCAUGAACUGCCCAGGACACUGCCUCAUGUUUGAUCAUCGUCCAAGAUCCUGGCGAGAGCUGCCUCUGCGGGUAGCUGAUUUUGGGGUACUUCAUAGGAACGAGCUAUCAGGAGCACUCACAGGACUCACCCGGGUACGAAGAUUCCAACAGGAUGAUGCACACAUAUUCUGUGCCAUGGAGCAGAUUGAGGAUGAAAUAAAAGGUUGUUUGGAUUUUCUGCGUACAGUAUAUAAUGUAUUUGGAUUUUCUUUUAAAUUGAACCUUUCUACUCGCCCAGAAAAAUUCCUUGGAGAUAUUGAAGUUUGGAAUCAAGCUGAGAAGCAACUUGAAAACAGCCUGAAUGAAUUUGGUGAAAAGUGGGAGUUAAAUCCUGGUGAUGGAGCUUUCUAUGGUCCAAAGAUUGACAUACAGAUAAAAGAUGCAAUUGGUCGCUACCACCAGUGUGCAACAAUUCAGCUAGAUUUUCAGUUGCCCAUCAGAUUUAAUCUUACUUUUGUAAGCCAUGAUGGUGAUGACAAAAAAAGGCCAGUGAUUAUUCAUCGAGCCAUCUUGGGGUCAGUGGAAAGAAUGAUUGCUAUCCUCACUGAAAACUAUGGGGGCAAAUGGCCUUUCUGGCUAUCUCCUCGCCAGGUAAUGGUAGUUCCAGUGGGGCCAACAUGUGAUGAAUACGCUCAACAGGUACAACAACAAUUCCAUGAUGCUAAGUUCAUGGCAGACAUUGAUCUGGAUCCAGGCUGUACCUUGAAUAAGAAGAUCAGAAAUGCACAAUUAGCACAGUAUAACUUCAUCCUAGUUGUUGGUGAAAAAGAGAAAACCAGUGGCACUGUUAAUAUCCGUACAAGAGACAAUAAGGUCCACGGUGAACGUACUGUUUCUGAAACCAUUGAACGGCUGCAGCAACUCAAGCAAUCUCGCAGCAAACAGGCAGAAGAAGAAUUUUAACAUAGAACUUUGUCCACACUGGCUAAGUGGAAAUGGAGUCCAUCUGGAACACAUUAAUUCACACUUAGUCUUGGUAGCUCAGCAGAGUCUGCCUAGAUGAUUGCAGGAUCAACCUUUUUUGACCUAGAUAGGUUUUUGACAAUGAGUAUUUGAUAGAGUUAAUUAAGAGACCCAUUAAAUUAUUUUUAUUCAUUAAAUAUCUGAGCAAUGGUAGAACAUGAAGAAUCCUUUAGUAUAACAUGGGAAGAUUUUUUGUAAAUUUAAUACAUUGGAAAUUUUUUUUCGGAUUCAAUUAAGAUAAAAGAAAGCCUAGGAUUGGAUUAUGAUGUAAAAAUAAAAAUUAUUAACAAACUUCAA